AUGAGCGGCAGCGGGAGCAGGGACAGCGGGAUGAACACCACCAGGAUCAGCUUCCUCGCCCUCCACAGCUUCCUGAACAGAUCCAUCCUGGCGGCGGCCUCCAGCCUCAUGGAUGACCCGGGUCUCUGGAUCGGAACGGCCACAACUCAGCAGCUAAACCGGGCGUGAGGAGUCACAGGCGGGGGCAGCGUCAAGGCACCACCGACCCUGGAGAGCUGGAGGGAGGGAGGAAGGUCGCAUGUCCUCGCUGUUCCGACACUUUCUGCCUGGAAGACGUUCCAGGAGCAUCAUGAGCAGUAACGCCAGGGGGGGGUUCCUCUCUCCACCGAGGGAGUGAGGAGGAAGAGAAGGACAGAAGAGGAGGACAGGUGAGAAGGAGAAAGAAGAGUGAGGAGGAGGGACAAGAAGAAGAAGAAGAAGAAAAAGGGAGCCGCAAACUUUCCCCUCAAGGAUAUUUCCCCCCUUAUUUUGACAAUGAGGCUGUGAAUUCCUCUUCGUCUCACAGAACGCCUCUUCUKCAUUAUCUGACCCCAUGGCUCCCAAAGUGGGUCCCACCGGUCAGAGCCACCUCUGGAUGCUGCUGGGGCCCCUGCUCUGUGCACUGGUCCUGGCUGAGGGCACCGUGCUCAGCACAGAGGACCCGCAGGCCACCGGUGCCAUGUCGCUGCCGGAGAACUGGACCGGCACGACUGUCCAGCUGCAGCCGGACCUGCAGACUGAAGCCGAGACGCAGACAGCAGCACAGACGGAGGCACAGACGGAGGCAAAGACGGAGGCAACGACAGAGGCUGUGACAGAGAUGCAGACUCAGAGCAUCACCAGCAACUACACAGGUCUGUCCUGUAUCCCCAUCCUGCCUCCACGUCGGGGUUCCUUCUACGUGGAAAGUGGCACAGGCGUGUCUGUCGGCAGCGUGCUGGCCUUCUGGUGCCGAGAGGGAUACCAGCUGGUCGGCAGCGACAAGAUCUACUGCAACAUCAGGAAUGGAAAACCACAGUGGAGCAACUACCUGCCUGUCUGUGAAGCGAUCCCCAGGCCAGAGGACCGAGGACUAAGAGUGGCCGUGUUGGCGUCAGUGGUGAGCGGCAUCGUCAUCCUCGCCAUGUCCCUGUCCUUCCUCAUCUGCUGUCUGCAAGAGCGAUCGAGCCGGGACCGAGCCAAGAAGGAAGGACGGAGCAGGCGCAGGGAGAAGCACUCAGCCCGCCGCAGCGAGUGUUGGCUGGAGAGAGAGGAGGGUGAGUGGGAGGCCUUCCCUCCUCCCAAGAUCUUCCACCUCUCACAGAGGAUGAACCCCCGCCUGGCUCCAGACAGCCCCCUCUACCUUACCGGAGGCCUCGGGGGAUAUGAGAACAGAGGAUACCAGAGGAGUCAGGAGAGUUUGCUGAAGGCCUCCCUGCCCGGACUCUACCGCUCUGAGUCCCAGCUGUACCCGCAUGUCGUCCUGCAGAGGGUCCCCACUCCAACGGCGCCCUCCGCCCCGUCGGCACCGUCCGCCCCUCUCUACCUCCACCUUCCCACCUCCUCCUCCGCCGCCUCCUCACCGGCCCACACAGGCGCCAGCAGCCAGCCUCAUCUCAUGGCACAGUACCCGACCCCAACGUACCCACCGAACCCCAACACAGCUGUGCCCCCGUAUCCCCACCCAGCACCGGCGCCCAUCUACCCCAACCCCAACCCGGUUCCACAGCGGCGAUGGCAGUAACUGCCACACUGACAUAGCCCUGUGACAUUCCUGUGCACGGCGCGGAAGGAGAACACAAGAAGAAAGCAUCGCAGGCAUGUUCUGGAGGCAUGUUCUGUUUCCAUCCUCCUCCAUCCCUGUUUUCUCCCACUGAAGGCUGCAAAUGCAACCAAAGUAGACAUGACGGGAAAGUGCAGACAUGGACAUGCAGUCAGGUGUAGAAGCAUCUUUGUUUUGCCGCAUGCUUGCAGUUUGGACUGGAUCACAAGUAACUGAACACUGAAGGUUUUUCUUUGUCCUUAAUUCCUACUGAACUACGGCUGCUGCACUCUGCAAGAGGAGCUCUUCCAAAGAAGUCCUGCUUUCUUUAAGCCGUCAGAAAUGACGGCUUCAUGUAGCCCAUUGACAAAGGGUCAUGUUGAGUUUUACUAAUUUAGUUUAACCUUUGAUGCUUGAGAGAAAAUAAACCACAAAGCAGGAGGACUUCAAGCAAUGGCCGCCACUGUUUGGGCAGCUCUUGGAAAUGUUGACUUUUGAAAUAGACUAUAUUUAUUGUGUGAUCAGAUCCCUGUCCACCUACCUGAGGUCUAGUUAUUUAAUGCCGACCUCAAUAAAACAACUAAGAUAUCUAUAUGAAAUAUUUUGAUUUAGAGCUAGAGACUUGUCACUGCUUUCUGAACAGAGCAUGUGUGAUGUAACAAAAGGUUCUGGGUCACUUUUCUCAUAAUUUGUAAUAGAUUGACGAUAGAGAUUCCUGGACAGCACUGUGAAAUGUGAAAUGUGAAAUGCCAGCUGCUAUGAGUUUGACUCAUUCUGUCACAUCAUUAUAAGAAAAACACGUCUUAUGUUCAGCAGCUACAAUAUAUAUUCUGGCAAAGUCUCAAAUGGUUUUAGGAACGUGAAGAAAACAUAAGACUCAUAUUCUGACUUGAAAUCAACACUGGGCUGAAUGAUAACUGCAAAUAAUUGUCACAUAAUGAAUCAGUUUUAUUUUCCAUUUCCUUGGGUUGGGAUAAUUAACUUACUUGGGAUAACUAAGGUCCUGUAUGUGUGUAAUAACGAAAAUAAUGAUUUGAAAAUAUAGAUUUGUCGGCCGCUGUGGGACAAAAGCUUUGUGCACAUAAAAGCACUGAUAUGUAAAGUUUGAGCAGGAUGAACCACGAGAGACACGUCAACCUGUACAAUAACCUCAAAAUCUUCAAAUCUAAAAUUCAGCGUCAGUUGUGGAUAUUCCUCUUUACUGAACCUUUUUUAAAUGAAUAAUUAUCCCUAAAUCUUGAGCAUUUUAAAUUGUGUGAGGCCCCUUUACUGUCGCGUUAGUUUACACUGGGGUUUUAUAUUUUUAACAGAAGGACUCGAGUAGAGACACUAACAAAUCUGCACUUUAUAUUUUUCUGAAGGGGGCGGUGUUUAAACAGCUUGGAAUGGACAGUCCUAGAUAUUUCUUGUACUGUUUGUUGUAUAAUAAUGAGACUGCCAUAAAAAGCUCAAU